AUGGAAGGCGUUCUAAAAAGAGAUUACCCGUCUGGCGGGAGGCAUGCAAAAAGAAAAUCUAUAGGAAGGGAUAGCAUCAUUGCUGGCGACGUUGCCCGUAUUACAAUGUUUUCUGCCUUCGACAUACUUCCAUAUCUUGACCUGGUGGGUGGCCAGAUUUGGCGGCUCGCCCACCUCUUCAACGCGAAAGCUACGAUCGCAAGUAUAGAAGAGGAGUUUGAAGUGCUUUCUUGUGUAGUAGAUGCCUUGACUAAGGAUGUUGUGGACGGCCUGCAUGUUGACACUACAAUGGCCGGGUUUGGUCUACCGCAUCUCCAACUGUUGGCGCUGAAUGUGGCGACUGACCUGCGCCACCACGCAAGCGUCGUGGGAGCCAAUCUGAAAAGCAGCAAAAAGCUGCGCACUGCGGCCAAAGGGUCAAAAGAAUUUUCUGCAUUUUUUAGGCUACUAUCAUGCCACGUCGACGGGGACACAGAAGCACUCCACGCACAGUUCGGACCGUUCGCAUCAUUAGCUAUUCGUAUAGCUUUAUUCUUACGUGUCGAAGUUGAGGAGCAUGCCAACAAGGGGUGGAAAGACGCGAUAUCGGUCUUUACUGGCAAAGUAUUCAACAGGAAGCUGUACGAGAAGGUCGUGCGGCAAAUGAGAACGAAUGCAACGAAGUUUAUUGAAAAGUUCAUGGGAGAAUUCAGCUAUGUGCCUACAGGAAAGCUCCAAAAUGCCAAGAAAAGAGUCAAACGCCUCUUCAAGCGGAAGCGUAAAACAAAUGCAAGGGCCUUCAAGCAUAAAAUAGACCACAAAGUUGGCCAUAUCUUCGCAAAACUGAUGCUAAUGAUGUGGACGAAUGGCAGCAAACACCAAAUAGAUUCGGGACCUACCAAAGUCGAUAGCACAUUCCGGCUAGCCAGGCAAUUUCAGACAUACACGAUUUUAAACCAUGGCAUGGACCCAAUACGACCGAUAACAGACCAAAUCAAGAAAAGCUGCAAAGGAACCAAAGUUAUCAAGCACAAGCAUUGGUCCUUACUGAGCAGGGCAAAGGGUAAAAUGUCGGGACUCGUCAAUGAAGUUGAGACAAGCUUGGCCUAUGGGCUCAUCACUGGGCACACGCUCUCCGCAAUAUCCGAAGCUGGACGAGAGCUUGCUGCUGCUUGCCAUGAAAAGGCACCUCUAGAUCUGACCACUCGAGGAACUAAGUAUCGUUUAAUAGCCGAGCUACACCAAUGCAUGGAACUUCGAGGCCAGGCCGUAAGGUUUUUGAAGCUUGCACUAAAAAACGUGAAAAGCCCUCCAGAAGAAGUCACAGCACGGCUGUUCACAUUUCUCAAACAGAUUCUGGCAAUCCGAGGAAAAGACGCUAAAACUCUCUACAAAGUGUUCCUCCGCUGGCAGAAAGAAGGCGAAUCAUCAAGGGAGGUAAAUCAAUGGAACGACAACAUGGACAUGCUGAAUUGCUCAUGGCACUCAUCACAAGAGGAACAGAACCACAUACUGUCUGAAGCUGGGAAAAGAAUCGACAAGGAAGCGAUUGAUGAAGUUACUGCAGUAUCCCAAAUCCAAACUUGCCUUGAAAGCCAUAGUGCGCGGUUAGACUUGCAGCAGGCUCAGGUGAACAUCUUUUCCGAGGAAGUUGUCCAAGCUACUUCUCUGUAG